AGGUUAAAUGGAUACCUUAAAAACACCUAUUUCUCGAUUCUGAUUCUACAUCCUACCUCUUGACAACUCUCCAGCUCGGGCAACGAAUAUGUUUGUGGACCCACCGUUCCUUCAGAUUCCUCAAGAGUCUCCAUCCUUCACUUCAACUACGCCGGACUUGUCUCCGAUUGACUCGGACUUGUUCGCAGGCAAGGACACCUUCACAACUCAGGUCACGUACACCGACGUGGACGCACCGGCUGCGCCUCGUUUGACCUCGACUAUACUUCCUCAUGAACCUUUACCGGAGCGGGCUUCGGUGGCUCUAAAGAAGACUGCUAUUGCCAACAAGAACGGGGAACGAAUGGCUGUCUCGCAAUACCCGCCCAUUCAGGAAGAAGACAUGGCCAUCGUGAAUGAGACUUCUCGAUCUGUUGUUUCCACCGGUUCGCGUUUGAGGAAAACUCGGCCAUCGCGUGGAUCACAUUCUGUCGUCUCACCCGUGGAGGACCGGUCGCAAGUAAGGACUGAGAUUAUGCAAACUAUCACUUGCACGCCUGGUUACAGGUCAUACAGUCUCGAGGAACUUCGUAUUGAUGCUUAUGCUCAGGCUCAUGUCGCUGGGAACUCAAGGCCGUGGCCAGUCCAGGAAGGUGACCCUAGCUGGAGAGUUCUCCCCCCUGUCUAUGCUCCAUUCGUCCAUACUAUUUCUGAAGACGAUGAAGGCUUAGGACUGGAGGUGAACCCCACCAGGGAGGUUGCGAUGUCUGACUUGCCUAAUUUAUCUGGUGCAUUCACAUUUGAGGUCUCGCCUACCCUCAUACGCAGAUGGUAGGCUGGUCAGGUCAAUGGUAUGGUUUAGAACGUUGCUCUUUGUCACUUUGUUGCUAUGCU